CCGGGAGUCUUUGAGCCCAUUGAAUAAUUGGCAGUAAUGUUUAGGGGAGCGAUUCAUGAGCCUGUUCGAGGGGGUGGAUGUGUGUGUGUGUGUGUGUGUGUGUGUGUGUGUGUGUUUGCGGCAGGCAACGGAACCACCGUGGACAGGGGCAGGAAGGCCGCUGGUUGAUGGCAACCAAUGGACUCAAAAAGUGGUUCAAAGUGGUUCGAAGUGGUUCGCCCACUUGGCAGGGCGUUGAGCCGUGUGUUGAACUGUCGAUCGUGGCUCCAUUGUGGUGAUGAUAGU